AUGCAGCUCGUUCUAUCCGCCGCUUUCGCACUCGCCCUUGCGGCGUCUUCUGUCUCGGCAUUCGCCACUGACUACAAAGGCUCACACAAAUUCGUUGCGCCAGGCCCCGGCGACGAACGCAGCCCGUGCCCUGGCCUCAACACGCUGGCAAACCACGGCUACCUUCCGCAUAAUGGGAAGAACUUCACCGUCAAGACGCUCAUGGAUGCCUCCUUGAAGGGCUUUAACGUUGACUGGGAUGCGAUUCUCAUCGCGGCCAAAUUCGGGAUGCUUUCAAGGAACGACUUCGGCUCAAUUGAGAACAUGAGCCUGGGCGCUCUUUCGUUGCACAACCUCGUCGAGCACGACGCGUCCAUCUCGCGAAACGACUUCGGGGACGGCACCGGUGACCACAUCCACUUUAAUGAGACAACCUUCUCGGUCAUGGCGAAUGCGAACCCCGGCGUGGACUACUAUAACACGACGUCUGCUGCCGCCGUGCAGUAUGCGCGCUUGCAGCAUUCGAAGGAGACAAAUCCCUUUUUGGUCAACACGAAGAAGGAGUUCGUCCUCCGCAGCCACGAGAACUCGCUGUACCUGAGCAUCUUCGGCGACCCGCUCACCGGCAUCGCGCCAAAGAAAUUCGUCCAAAUCUUCUUCCGCGAAGAGCGCCUCCCCGUGCAAGAGGGCUGGAAGCUCCCCACGACCAAGAUCACGGCCGCGACGCUCUCUCCGCUUGACCACGCCAUCCGCGACGCGUCGAACUGGACUGAGACAUCUGUCUGCGGGCCGGUCGUGCUGUCCCCCACGAGCGUCGUCAACGACGAGCUGCAGGCGCUGCUUGUUCAAUGA